AUGCAGACGAGGAGUACUUAUGAAGGACCAAGAGGAGCUUCUGGUUAUGAUGCAACCUUUGCUCCCCCGAGACAGGAACUGGUGUCUGGAGAGAGGAAGAGAAAAGCUCUGGUGGUGGUGGAGGAGGGGGGAGAGGCGUAUAAGCCGGUUCAGCCACUGGGGGUGCUUUCUUCUUUCUGCUUUCCAGAAUGUCAAUAUCCCAUAAAACCCAAUCCUGUGUGGUUGACCUAUGAGGAAGACUAUAUAGGGGAGAGACGGUCACUUGAUGAGUCUAGCCUCCGUGGCAGCGUUUGUGUCACCCUCUUGCCAGUCAUCCCAAGGAACAUUGGGAUGUUUGAAGCGGUUAGGUACUUGCCAAAGCAGCUCUUGAGACGAAUCACAUCCGCCUUUUCUACAACCUCCACCGUCCAUCUUGCGUUCAUAGACCGCCCGUCUCUGUCCUGGCUCACGGAUUCUUCAUCCUCCUCUGCUAGAAGAUACUUGUCGUGGUAG